CGCGCGGCCCAGCCGGGCCCCGGGGGCCGCGGGGCGGCGCUGGCCGCCAGCCCCCGCCUCUCCUCAGCGUCGGAGCGGAGACGCCGGGUGCCGUGGGGAUGCAGGGCCCAGUCGCUGGCCGCGACCCCCGCUCGGGGCCCUCCGAGCGCUUCCCGGUGGCAGCAGUGGACGGUAUCCUGAAGGACGUGGUGGGCAGCUACCUGAGGGAGCAGCCCUACGAGCCGGCCCGCUGCAGGGACAUGGUGGAGGACAUGGCGGAGGUUAUUAAAACGCGGUUAAAAGACCUUAUGAUACCAAGGUACAAGAUUGUUGUGGUGACGCAUAUUGGGCAGCUGAACGAGCAGAGCAUGCAGAUUGGAAGCAGGUGCCUCUGGGAUCCUGUGAGCGAUACGUUUUCAUCGUAUGUGUUCAAGAAUGCUUCACUGUUUGCUCUUGCAAAUGUCUAUGCUGUCUAUUUUGAAUGAGGAUGUAGUUGAGUUUAAUAGCAGGAGAAAUGAACAUUCA